AUGUCUUCACUAUAUUUAUCGAUUACAUCAAAGAAGGCAUUUUUACAACAGCUGCAUAGACAUUAUGAUUCAUUACACGAUUUUGCAAAAACACAUUUUCAAAAGAUUAUUGAUGAUAUAAAAGAUAAAAAUAAUCAAAAUAAUGAAAUACUCAACAUCACUGUUUCAUUAGAUGGUACAUGGAAUCGCCGAGGCCAUAUUUCCAAUUAUGGAAUAGUAUUUUUGAUUGAUGUUCAUACUGGAUAUUGCAUCGACUAUGAAGUAAUGUCUUUAAAUUGUGAAGCAUGUAAUAUGAGAAAAUCAACAUUAACUAAUACACAAUUUGAUAGAUGGUAUAAAAAACAUAAGGCACAUUGUUACAAAAACUACAGUGGAACGUCUAAAUCAAUGGAAAAAGAAGGUGCAGUGAGAUUAUUUCAACGUUCAUUGAUUAAUGGUCUUCGUUAUGAAAGAAUGGUAUGUGAUGGUGAUGGUGAUGCUUCUGCAUAUGAAGCAAUAAAAAACUAUUAUUUUGAACAACAGAAACAAAUUGAUACUCCAGAAGAGGAAUCAAUGGAAGAAGGAACAGAUGAGGAUGAAGAUCUACAAGAAGUUUCAGGGGAUUAUGAUACGUCAUCAGUAACAAAUGAUGAAGAAGAUGAAGAGUCAGGUGACGACGAUACAUCGUCAACAACAAGUAAUGAAGAAGAUGAAGAAUCUCGUAAUAAUGAUGCAUCAUCAACAACAAGUAGCGAAGAAAACAAAACCGACGAUGAUAAUCAAACAGACGACAACAACAGUAGCAAUAAUCAUUCAAUAAGCGAAGACAACAAUGAUGAAGAUGAAAAUUUUCAACCUGCUCCUGAUAAUUUUGAAGAUUUAUUAGUUUUAAAAGAAGAUUGUGUUAAUCAUGUUGUUCCAACAUCAACGUCAACCACAAAAUUUGCAUCGUCAUUGUAUUCUAAGAAACAGCCAGAUACCCGGCGACAACUAUUAGAUGAUAAUCAAAAGUGGGGUGGCAAAAAUGAUCGUAUGACACAAUCUAUGAUGGAAAAGUUAUCAAGUGCUUAUGUUCUUGCUAUUAGAAAAGCUGGUGAAUUAGCUGCUGAUAAAAAGUUAAAUGAAGCAUUGAAUAUUAUGCAAAAGUCAUGCCGAGCAGCAUUUUAUCACUAUAUCAAGACAGUCGAUAAUAAUGAAGAACAACAACACCAAUUUUGCCCGAAAACAGAAGAUACUUGGUGUGCAUAUCAUAAAAAAAAGUUAACACCAACCCGCAACGAUGAUAAAGCACAAAAAAAGAAAAACCAGGAAUUUCUCGCUCCAAUUUUUCGUAAUGUUUUACAGCCAAUGAUUGAUACACUUACGUCAAAAGAAUUGUUGAGACGUUGUUUACAUGGAUUAACGCAAAACUCAAAUGAAUCAUUAAACUCCAUUGUUUGGUCAAUUUUGGCAAAAUCAAAGCAUCAUGGCUUUCGAUCCGUACGAGGUGGUGCUGCUCUCGCAGCAAUAUUUUUCAAUAAUGGUCGACGUUCAUUAGUGGACUUUUGCAAACAAUCUGGUAUUGAUGUUAAUGUGGUACUAUUCGAACAUCGAAUAGCCAAAGAUGAAAAACGUUUACUAAGAGCACAAAAAAUGUCUGAACAGCGGCAAAAACAAAUACAACGAAAGAUUAUUGAUAGACAACGUUCAAUGAAAGCACAAUUAGACACCAAAGACUAUGAUACUGGAGAUUUCAAUUUUUAA